AUGGUGAACUCCCUCCUUGCCUGGACUGAGGAUGAGCUCCAGUACCUAAAAGCCGUCCUGCGAUGGAAGGAUUCGCCCUCGGAAGAAUACAAGCGACUUUCCGAUAGUGGCGCAAAUGAUGCGCUCUCCAACCUCGAUCCGCACAAUUCGACAUCGCCACAAGAACCCAAACAAGAGGAAAUCAAGAUCCUCAUUCUCGGCGCAGAGGGAGUAGGAAAGACGACACUCGUUCAGAAGUUCUCCAAAACUCAUCGCCACCCCUCCACCUCGAAACCCAACCGAUACCUCCUCCCCCUCCCCUCAGAUAGCUCUUCCAGCAGCGAGAACUCAACAGCCUACACCCUCCAUACCCUCGAGCUCCCCCACCCCUGGUCUACCACCACGCGCACCACGCACCCGCAUCUAUGGACACGCACCCUCACUGAGUACGAUGGUGCCCUCAUCCUCUACUCCGUUACCGAUCCAUCCUCCCUACAACACGCCAUAUCCAUCGCCUCCGCCAUCUGCGAGCACUUUGCGUCCCUCCCACAGUUCAGCGAGAACUUGGUGCCCUUCAACAAACCGAUCGGCCGAGGAUCCAAGGCGCAUUAUCUUCACCUCAAAAAGACAACCAGAAACGUGGUCAGAGAAUUCGCCAUGGUGAUGGUGGGAAACAAGAAUGACGUGGAUAUCCUGGGCGGCGCUGCUAUUGCUGCUACUGCCGCUGCCGCUGCUGGUUCACUGAGCGGACUCGGACUCGGACUCAGUGAAAUUGGAGAGAGAAAGGUGUCAACCAAGGAAGGAAAAGAAGCCGCCAAGAAGCUGGGACUGGGUGAGUCGUGGUUUGAGACGUCGGCGGGUGUGACGGGGGAGAAUGUCGAUGCGGUUUUCGUGCAGGUGGCUAGGGAGGCGGUGAGAAAUAGGAAAGAGUAUAAGGAGAAGAAGGGUGAGAUUGAGAGGGGUGGGAGCAAGGGUUUGUUAAAGCGGGAUUCGGAGGUUGGGAGUACGGCGACGAGGAGUAAGUACGAUUCGGCCCCUGGUAAGAGCCUUUGA